CGUGCGCCCGCGUGCUCUUGCCACCUCCCCGCGUUCGGGAUACAGGCGGGGCCUUUGACGUCAGGUUGUUUAAUCCGGAAACGGCGGCGACGGCACAAGCCACAGAACCGAGGGGCUGUCGUCGGUAGGCGCAACAGAGAUCCCAGCAAGAGACUCGUAACCCGGAAGCGGAAGCCGGUCCCCGUCCCAGCUUCGACUUCGCACUUGUCCCAGGCCCACUGGCUUGCUUCUGACGUCAUGGACCUGUUAUUUGGGCGCCGGAAAACGCCGGAGGAGCUGCUGAGGCAGAACCAACGGGCCCUGAACCGCGCUAUGAGAGAGCUGGACCGUGAGCGGCAGAAGCUAGAGACCCAGGAGAAGAAAAUCAUUGCAGACAUCAAAAAGAUGGCGAAGCAGGGCCAGAUGGAUGCUGUUCGCAUCAUGGCAAAGGACCUGGUGCGCACACGUCGCUAUGUGCGGAAGUUUGUGCUGAUGCGGGCCAAUAUCCAGGCUGUCUCUCUCAAGAUCCAGACACUCAAGUCUAACAACUCAAUGGCACAAGCCAUGAAGGGGGUCACCAAGGCCAUGGGCACCAUGAACAGACAGCUGAAGUUGCCCCAAAUCCAGAAGAUCAUGAUGGAGUUUGAGAGGCAGGCAGAGAUCAUGGACAUGAAGGAGGAGAUGAUGAAUGAUGCCAUUGAUGAUGCCAUGGGUGAUGAAGAAGAUGAAGAGGAGAGUGAUGCUGUUGUAUCCCAAGUCCUGGAUGAGCUGGGACUGAGCCUGACAGAUGAGCUUUCCAACCUGCCCUCCACCGGAGGCUCACUCAGUGUGGCUGCCAGUGGGAAGAAAGCAGAGCCUGCAGCCUCAGCCCUGGUGGAUGCUGAUGCAGACCUGGAGGAAAGGCUCAAGAACCUGCGGAGGGACUGACUGCUCUGGGCCACCCCAGGGGCCCAGUGGAUGCAUUUUCACUGUACCCUUUCUGUAAUAAAAGAGAUUGGACACUA